AUGUCAAAAGUUAAGUUAAUUUUACAAAAUAUUUUCUCUCCAUUACUCCAUGUAUUACCAAAAGGUUUCCCUAAAAAAAAGUUAAUUCCAUUGUUGUUAUUAUCGUUCCUUGAAAGUAUGAAUAAAAAUUCUAUAACAUCAUAUGCUGGAUUUCUUGUAGUAGACUUUCAUGUAGUAGAUACUAAAAACCAAGCAGGAUUUUAUAGUGGAAUUUUUGAUUCAAGUUUCUAUGUUGGGCAGUUUUUAUCAUCAUUUAUUCUUGGUAUUAUGUCUGACACAUUAGGUAGAAGACCUUUAUUAUUAUUUGGAUGUUUAGGGUCUAUUGUAUGUACGUUGUCUUUAGGAUUUUCAUUUAAUUAUCCUUGGGCAGUUGUUUCUAGACUUUUAUUAGGAUUGGUUAAUGGUAAUUUAGGUGUAAUUAAUGCUUUUAUGGGAGACCUUUCAACAAAAGAAAAUCGAACUCAAGUCUUUGGGUUAAUUGGAUUAAUGAAUGGGUGUGGAAUGAUUGUAGGAUCUACUAUUGGUGCUUAUCUUUGCCGUCCUGCAAUUCAAUAUCCGUCUGUUUUUGGAGGUGUUCAAUUUUUCCAUACAUUUCCAUAUAUUCUUCCUAAUAUAGUCUGUGUUUCAUUAACAUUCAUUGCCUUUAUUUUAUCAGUUAUUUUCUUACAAGAACCAAGGACUAUUGAGAAGAUGAAUUGUAAGUGGUAUGUUGUUAUUAAAAUUAUUAUAACAAAGGUUCUUGUUAGAAUUAAAGAUAUGAUUAAAAUGUGUUUCUCUAAAGAAUAUAUUGGUAUUUUAACUUGUGUUAUGAAUGCAAUUCUUCAAUGCUCUUGUGGUAUGGUUUGGGGAAUGAUUCCAUUAUUGAUGAUGGCAUCUGUAGAUGUUGGAGGUUUUGGUUGGGAAACAGCAGAGAUUGGAACUUUCCUUUUAAUCUCAGCUGUUGGAAUUAUUAUCACUCAAUUAUUUAUUUAUAAACCUGUUGUCAAUCUAUUAAAACCAUUAUGGACAAAUAGACUUGGGUCUUCAGGUUUAUUUUUUAUGUAUAAUGUUCCACCUUGUAUUCAUUAUCUUUAUCCAUAUGGGACAUUAUUACUAUGGAUUAUAUUUGGAUUUUAUAGUGCAUCUUUACAAACAGUUAUGCAGUUUGCAUUGUCUACUAAUCAAGUAUUAGUUGGUAAUAGUGUCACGAAGAAUUUAAUGGGAUCUUUGUUUGGUCUUUCUCAAAGUUUACUCGCAUUUUUAAGAUUAAUCGGUCCAUUAGUAUCAUCUCCAUUAGUUGCAUGGACUUUGAAUCAAAAAUUCCCAUUUAACAUCCAUUUUGCAUUCUUUGUAGUUUCAUUAAUUGCUCUACUUGUAUUUGUCUUGUCAUGGUUUUUACCAAAGAGUAUUAAUGAACCUAAACCAGAUGAACAUGAUUAUAGUCAAUUACCAAAAGAUGAAGAGGGUGUUGAAAUGAAAGAUCAACAACAUAAAGAAAUUAUUGUUAAUAUAGAUACACAAGAAAUAGAAAAAGAACCAACUCCAACGAAUCAAGAAGAUCAAGACACUAUGAAUAAAAAAUAA